AUGUGCGCAGCGACAAAAGACAGCGAGACCUGUGGGGAAGGAAUAAAAAAAAGAAUUUCAGUACCGUCGCCCUCUGUGUGCUUUAAGACCAUCGUUAUCUGAAGAGGUCGCUGCCCCGGGACUUCGGCAAAGAAAACCGAGAAUUUGCGAGCGACGAGGUGCGGCGGGGUUUGUUUGAUUGAACCGUGAGGUGCUGAACUCGUUGUUCUGAAGACUGAGGCAACGGGAGGAUUUUUCCGUUGGACGGUGAGGCUGAGCGCACAGCGAGGGAGCCGCCAUGGCAGUCGGAUCAUUGAGCCUCCACAUCGGGAUAUGAAGAGGAACCGCAUGUGUCCAGAAAACACCGCAUUCACCGGGAGCACAGAUCCUCACAGCUUGUUUUCAGAUUUGUGAGAAUAAUUCCACGUUGAAAUAGAAAUCUCAGUCGGUUUUAAUCGGGGAGGGGGCCACAGGGAGAGGCCAGAUUCAUGACUAUUUUAGUCGGAGACGUGUCUUCAAAGGCCCGCUGAGAGAAAACCCUGGAGCACACGGAAGAAAUGAUGCUGUGAUUUUAGGGACAGAAAGAAAAGGGUUCUUUUAGAAGGUGUUGGAGGAUCUUGGACUUCGCUUUCUGUCUAACCCUUUCUCUUUUCAUUUUUUUUUUUUUUUUUUACUGGUAUUCAUUUUUCUGCCAUCCUUUUUUUUUUUUGGAUGAGAAGGUCCGGCGGAUCGAUCUGCCCGUCUGCCGUUCAGUGAGUGAGUCUCCAGUCUCCGAGUCCAGAGAGAACCGAAAGGGGGUUUGGAUCAUGUCGGGUCGGCCCAGGACCACAUCCUUCGCAGAGAGCUGCAAACCAGUGCCGCAGCCCUCUGCAUUUGGCAGCAUGAAAGUCAGCAGGGAUAAAGAUGGCAGCAAGGUAACAACAGUCGUGGCCACUCCAGGCCAAGGCCCCGACCGGCCACAGGAGGUGAGCUACACGGACACCAAGGUCAUCGGCAACGGCUCGUUUGGCGUCGUCUACCAGGCCAAACUGUGCGACUCUGGAGAGCUGGUGGCGAUCAAGAAGGUUCUGCAGGACAAGAGGUUCAAGAACCGCGAGCUGCAGAUCAUGAGGAAGUUGGAUCACUGCAACAUCGUCCGCCUGCGCUACUUCUUCUACUCCAGUGGAGACAAGAAAGAUGAAGUGUAUCUAAAUCUGGUUCUGGAUUAUGUUCCUGAGACCGUCUACAGAGUGGCCAGACACUACAGCCGAGCCAAACAGACUCUGCCCAUGGUUUAUGUCAAGCUGUACAUGUACCAGCUGUUCAGGAGCCUGGCAUACAUCCAUUCGUUUGGGAUCUGUCAUCGGGACAUCAAGCCUCAGAAUCUGCUGCUGGAUCCAGAGACCGCCGUGCUCAAGCUCUGUGACUUUGGCAGUGCUAAGCAGCUGGUCCGAGGAGAGCCCAACGUGUCGUACAUCUGCUCUCGCUACUAUCGAGCUCCUGAGCUCAUCUUCGGUGCGACCGACUACACCUCCAGCAUAGACGUGUGGUCAGCUGGCUGUGUGCUGGCAGAGCUGUUGCUAGGACAACCAAUCUUCCCCGGUGACAGCGGCGUGGAUCAAUUGGUUGAAAUUAUCAAGGUUCUUGGCACCCCGACUCGAGAGCAAAUCAGGGAGAUGAACCCCAACUACACCGAGUUCAAGUUCCCCCAGAUUAAGGCACAUCCUUGGACUAAGGUGAGUCAACAGGUGUUCAGGCCGCGCACGCCUCCGGAGGCCAUCGCUCUGUGUUCCCGCCUCCUGGAGUACACGCCCACGGCCCGCCUCACUCCUCUAGAGGCCUGCGCACACUCCUUCUUCGACGAGCUGCGCGACCCCAACGUCAAACUGCCCAACGGGAGAGAGAAGCCCUCGCUUUUCAAUUUCACCACCCAGGAGUUAUCCAGUAAUCCCUCUCUGGCCUCCAUACUCAUCCCUGCCCACGCCCGCAGUCAGGCCGCAGCCUCCACCCCAACCAACGCAUCUGCCACCACAGAUGGCAGCAGCACAGAACGAGGUCCCAGCACCACCACCGCCUCCGCCUCAGCCUCCAACUCCACCUCUUGAGUCCGCAGACCGCCCACCACACCCGCCCCGGUCUCAGCCCCAGCCCCCAAAGGCCUCUCCAUUGCCCCCGGGCGGGGGGAGGGGGGGGGCUGAGCUCCGCUCCGCUCAGCGCUGCUCUGCCCUGCUCCGCUCCCUGACACAGCAGCGGAGCGAUGCUGAUGCAGUCCGGGUUCAACAGCUAGCCAACAGCCCCACGCCACGACCAUAAACCAAGCCCCCCUCAUCUGUCCCUUUUUACCCCCCCCCCCCCCCCCAUCCCCCCCAUCCGACUGGCUCCUUUUCAUCCAGCUGUUCGAACUCUACUCCAUCUCUCUGCGCCCUCUCGACGGGGAAGUGAAGCGCAGGGCCCGAGGUGUCGUCGACUGUACUCUUGAUUAAAGUACACUGUACAUGUAUACACAAUGCUAGCCUGCUAAUGUUUGUAAGAGGACAAUCUGUAGAAAAAGUCCUAAGCUGCCCCCCCCCCACUCCCCUCCCCCUCAGCCCUCUCUUUUCCUGUCCUCCUCCAUUUUUCUGCAAACUCAUCCUUCGAUCUCAGACCCCCGCGUCCCCCUUCCCCCCCACUCUUCACCUCGCCCCCUUCAGGGGUAUCCUCCUCCUGUAGUGCAUGGCCUGAGUAUGGUUAGGAUCACCCGGGGGGGGGUCUCCCGCCCUCUCAAUUCCACUUCCACAGACAAGGCAUGAGGCUCACGCACGGGUAUACACACACACACACACUCAUAAACACACACACACAUGGAUGCAUGAUGACCCUGAUGUAUGUGGAAAGAAGAAGAAGAAGUAGUCCCACCGACGACGAGGGGGGGUUAGAGGUGGGGUUAAAGUUUUUUUUUUUUUUUUUUUUUUUCUUUGCCUGGGGUUGUUUUUUUAAACGGUUAGCUGCCGUUUUACUCGACCUUAUCUUAAAGUUUAUUUUUUUUUUACUCCCCGGGCAGAUGUUUUUUUUCCUUUCUUGGAUUGCCAUGUUCAUGGAUGUGACAUGUAUCUUGGUCCUGUGUGCUUGUAUAAUAUAUACAUACAAUACAAAACAAACAUGCAUUCAUACACAGUUUAUAUAUUACUUUUCCUUAUGUAUAAAAAGUAUAUAUAUAGAUAUAUGUAUAUUAACUACAAUGGUUCAGAAAUCAUUUAUGGUGAGCUCAUAUCCGGCAGAGCAGUGGCAAUAUUUGCUGCUGCUUAAAGACAAUAGAUUUAUAGAAGGUG